ACGCAACCGAUGCAUACGAAAUCGAGUCGAGCGAUGGUCACAGAUGGUGAUACUCCGAAUUGGUCGGAACUUGUCACAGACAUCUUAUCAUUGGUUUUCAAGCACUUGAGCUUUACAGAUUUUGCUCGAGCUAAGACCGUUUGUUCGUCGUGGUACUUUGCUUCCAAAUCAUCCUCACCUAGAAAAAACCAUACUCCGUGGCUGAUUCUCUACGAAGACACGCACUGGCUCAUGUUUAAUUCGGAAGAAGAAAAGUUUUACAGAACACAAAACCUAGGUCGCUUUGCCGAGUGUCGUGGCGUGGCGACUUGUGGGAGUUGGGUCUUGGUCUUUGACAAGGAAAUAAAUUUCUACAUCAUUAAUCCCUUCACGCCAGAGCUCAUUCGUCUCCCACCUCUUGAAUAUUCAAACAGCGGCACAAAGUUCGAGAGACCCGGUAACUAUAUUUUCCACCUACUCUUCGACGAUUUCAGAAUAAACAGUGUAGUAGUGGGGAAUUCGGUUCUGUGGGUAGACGAAAAAACCAAAGACUACUUAGUUGUGUGGUCGUACAAAGAGGCAUGUCAUCCGGGUCCCUACAUAUAUUAUUGCAGGAAAAGAGAGCAAGAGUGGUUUGAGAUUCCGGCAAGCACUUGUGGGAAGCUAAUCGGGUGUUUGGAUAUGGCCUACAAAGACGAGAAGCUUUACAUACAUACUUACAAUGGUAGCAUCAGAAUUUUGGACUUUUCUCUUGGAGACUUGCCUAGACAAAUCGACAAUCAUCCAUUCUCCCAUCGACCGUUUGUUACCGAGUUUCCUAAUCGUAGGACGGGAAUGAGACUAACCACGUUUGGAGAUGUUGUGAUGAUCCAAUGGGUGACAGUCACUCACAAAAGAAUCCCGUUCCAAAUCUACAAGAUGAGUAGCAAAAGAGAGACGAAGGAGUCGUUUCCGGUGCUAGGGUGGGGCGACGAUGCUGCGUACUGGGAGAGAGUGCAUUCUUUCGAGGACGAGGAGUCGUUGGUUUGGGAUUUGAGCGUCACUUUACCAACCAAAGGCGUAUCUGGUAUCAAGAAAAAUUCCAUAUAUUUCUGUCACACUUCUUAUUCAUCUAUUCGGGAAGUUGCUGCCUAUGAGAUUCCUACGCACAAGAUCACUGCGUAUGAGAUUCCUAAGCAGGAUAUUGAACCUAUUCGACACCGCGGCAUCUUGAUUGGAGAGGCUCGUUGGUUCAUUCCUUGUUUUGGUGCUGGUGAAUAAUCCGCACUAUAAUUAGGAGAAAGCUUCACCAAUCAACCAUGUUUUGUUAGUUUUGGAAUCCAGUUAGGCUUUUUUUGCCAAUAUGUUUGUAGAUUUUGGAUAAAACUAUAUUUCUCUGA